CCCAAUCCAGCUGGCGGCGCUAUUGUUCUUUUGUUUGACUAGAACACGGAAAUAGGAUUGGAGAAGACUUUGUUUUGAUUUUGCAUUCCUUGUGUGAAGUAAAGAAAGACAUACUGACUGAACUAAGUUGGGUAACGUUACCCAAUUCCCAUUUCACUGAAAAUGUCUAAACUACAGUUGUUUCGUGUGUUUUUAAAUGAGCGUUUAACGGCGGCUGCUGUGGAGAUUUUCGGUGCAGUUGAGAAAACGGUGGUGGAGUACCAGGAGGAGAAUGAUCGGCUACGGAGAAUGCUGCGGAUCACACCAGAGAUACAACUAUGUCGAAUAGACUUCCUGCAGCUCUCUGUCUCUGAAGAGGAGGUUCCCCCUGAGCAGCAGCACUGUGAGCAGGAGUGGAGCCCCAGUCUGGGACAGAAGGACCCAGAGACCAAACAGAUUAAAGAGGAACAGGAGGAAGUCAGGACCAGUCAGGAGGAAGAGCAGCUUCAAGGGGUGGAGCCUAAUAUCAUAGAGUUCCAAUUUACUCCUUCCUGCGUGAAAAGUGAAUGUGAUCCAGAGGACCCACUUUGGUCCUUAACUCUUCCCCAAACCCAGACUGUGGAGAACAGAGAGAGUGACUCUAAACCAGUGGAUCUCAAACCUUUUGUCACUGUGACCCACAUUAAGGGUCUCAACAUUCCCUGUGACCCUCCAGAUAAUCAAAACAAUGCCUCCAGACACAGUUCAGCUGUAAGCAGCGACACAGUAGGACUUGACUGCAGUCCACCAUUGGAUCCCAGUCCACCAUUGGAUCCCAGUCCACCAUUGGAUCCCAGCCCACCUUUGGAUCCCAGCCCACCAUUAGAUCCCAGCCCAUCAUUGGAUCCCAGCCCACCAUUGGAUCCCAGUCCACCAUUGGAUCCCAGUGCACCAUUGGAUCCCAGUCCACCAUUGGAUCCCAGCCCACCAUUGGAUCCCAGCCCACCAUUGGAUCCCAGUCCACCAUUGGAUCCCAGUCCACCAUUGGAUCCCAGUCCACCAUUGGAUCCCAGUCCACCAUUGGAUCCCAGUCCACCAUUGGAUCCCAGUCCACCAUUGGAUCCCAGUCCACCAUUGGAUCCCAGCCCACCAUUGGAUCCCAGCCCACCAUUGGAUCCCAGCCCACCAUUGGAUCCCAGUCCACCAUUGGAUCCCAGUCCACCAUUGGAUCCCAGUCCACCAUUGGAUCCCAGUCCACCAUUGGAUCCCAGCCCACCAUUGGAUCCCAGCCCACCAUUGGAUCCCAGUCCACCAUUGGUUCCCAGUCCACCAUUGGAGAAACACUGUUCCAAACUCAGCACCACGUCUAUAAAAACUCACCACUGCCGUGACUGUGGUAAAACGUUUGCUCUGAAAGCUGACCUGCAGAGACAUAUGACUCUCACCAGGAAGAGACUCAGUGAAUGCCGCUUCUGCAAGAAACGCUACAACUCCACCUGUAAACUGAAGGCCCAUGUCCGACUCUGCCACGUAGAGAAACUCUGCACCUGUUCCAUUUGUAGCAAGUUCUUUAAACUCAAAAAAGAUCUUUCCAGGCACAUGAGGACUCACGCUGGAGAGAAAUAUUUUAGCUGUGGUGAUUGUGGGAAAGGCUUCAGUCUCAAGAAGACCCUAAACAGACAUAAACUGAUUCACACAGGAGAGAAACAAUUUAGCUGUGGCGACUGUGGGAAAAGCUUCAGUCAGAAGGGGAACCUAAUUGAACAUAUACGGACUCACACAGGAGAGAAACCUUUUAGCUGUGGCGACUGUGGGAAAAGCUUCAGUCGCAAGCACACUCUAACCGAACAUAUACGGACUCACACAGGAGAGAAACCAUUUAGUUGUGGAGACUGUGGGAAAAGAUUCAGACACAAGAAGACCCUAAACAAUCAUACACUGACUCACACAGGAGAGAAACCAUUUAGUUGUGGCGACUGUGGGAAAAGUUUCAGUGUGAAGAGUAAUCUGUUUAUGCAUGUUAAAAACAUCCACAAAGCAAGAAAACUAUUGGGGCAUUCACGUGCACAUCCGAAGUGGAAAACUUCCCAAUAAGGAAGUUGCAAUUCAAAUGCUUUUAUGAUCUAAAUGUUGACGGUGUGUGUGGGGCAAUGGAGAGAAACAAAAUGGUGCAGUUUGAGGCCAUGUGACGGAGAGUGAUGCGGGCCCUGGAGAUGGGAGUGUGCGCAGGUGGGUCUGGGCAGGGGUGAUGUUGUGGAUGUUUGUGUGAUGUUCUGUAUUGUGUGUAAGAAAAAAAACAAGGAAGGAAGUCGCAAGUGUGACAUGAUUGUGUUCUAGUGCUUUUUGAAGUCGGAACAAUUCUUCGACCAUUAAGAUUUUAGCAAGUUAGAUAAGCUAGCCAAUGUUGCUAACAAUACAUUUAGCUAGCUAGCUUGAAGGUGCAGUCUGGGGUCUUGAAGGGAUACUUCGGGAUUUAGGCUUUUAGGAUUUAGGCCUUCAGGGUUUUAUUUUACAAAUUGUAUGUCUCUGCAUCCAGUAUGAAGGAAGUUGGAGGUAGUUUUGCGAGCCAAUGCUAAAUAGUGUUAGCACAAUAACUGGAAGUCUAUAGUAUCUACUAGCAUGCUAGCAGUUGCCAUAAACUUAGUCAUUGCGGUAACACUAGUUAGCAACUUCCUUUAAACUGCAUGCCUAGACAUGAAAAUGGCAUCUAUGAGUUAAUCUGAUUCAGGGGAAGUAGAUAAAGGGCUUCAUUGCCAAAAUCCUUAAGUAUCCCUUUAAGCAUUUACAUGUUUUAAAAAAAAAUCAGAUUGUACAAAUUCUUUGUAACAUCCUAGAAAUUGCAAACAAUUUGUUUCAUAUCAAACGAAAUGGAUGACGUAAUACACAAUUGUGCACACUUUUCGGGGACCCCUUUUUGGUUCAUGAGCACUACUUUUAAAACGACUUUCUGAAAAAAUACAAAAGCUCUGGAGCAUCACUUUAACAUUGCGAAUAUGGUCAAGUUAGCUACAUUAUGUAGCUACAUUAUCCACCUUGACAAGGGUUAAGACAUCAAAGAGAUUCUGCAUCACAGAGGAACAGUUACCAAAGGCUAGGAAGUGGAAUGGACAAAAGAACAGCACCACGAGGAUCUAAAGAUAACCAAGGUGUCAAGAAACAGAUUUGGCGUCAUCUUUUGAUUGAAAAGUUGAGAAGUCAGUGGUGAAGCGUCACAAACUCGGCAACGGGAUAACAACGUCUUCUCAGUUUCCCACGUGUAAUUACGACUUGGAGGGAGGGUCGUUCAAGUGAAUCUUCACAGUCUGAACUCCCAACUCCAAUAAAGCCAACAGCACAUGAAGGCCCAAUUUUGAUCUCGGAAUGGAUAAGAAUUGGGCUGCCCAUGUAAAUAAACACUGCCAAAGUCUGUUGUUGUGUUCAGGUUAUAUUAUAUGUAACUCGGUUGGUAGAGCAUGGUGCUUGCAACGCCAGGGUUGUGGGUUUGAAACCGACGGGGGAGCAGUAGGAGACAUUCUGCAUAAGAGCAUCUGCUAAAUGACUCAAAUGUAAACAGGACUUCCUGGUUGUUUGUUUUGUAAAGUCUCUCAGGUGAUGAGGAUGGUGAGAUUGGUGUUAUUGAUACAUUAAAACAUGUUUAUACUUUUAACAGAAAA